CUCGCGGGCAGCCGCCUCACAGCGAUGGCGGCCGAGCAGGGCCGGCGGCUGUGGCUGCUGCGGCUACACCCCGAGACGGCAGUGAUGGCGGUAGUGGUGGGUGGCGGGGGCCUGUGACCGGGAGCCGCCCCCGGAUCCGGGCACCAUGAGCCAAGGCCCCCCCACAGGGGAGAGCAGCGAGCCCGAAGCAAAGGUCCUCCACACUAAGCGGCUUUACCGGGCUGUGGUGGAGGCUGUGCAUAGACUUGAUCUCAUACUUUGCAACAAAACCGCUUAUCAAGAAGUAUUCAAACCAGAGAACAUUAGCCUAAGGAACAAGCUUCGUGAACUCUGUGUCAAGCUUAUGUUCCUGCACCCAGUAGACUAUGGGAGGAAGGCUGAGGAGUUGCUGUGGAGAAAGGUAUACUAUGAAGUUAUACAGCUUAUCAAGACUAACAAAAAGCAUAUUCACAGCCGGAGCACCUUGGAAUGUGCCUACAGGACCCACUUGGUUGCUGGUAUUGGCUUUUACCAGCAUCUCCUUCUCUACAUCCAGUCCCACUACCAACUUGAACUGCAAUGCUGCAUUGACUGGACCCAUGUCACCGACCCCCUCAUAGGAUGCAAGAAGCCAGUGUCGGCCUCGGGGAAGGAGAUGGAUUGGGCACAGAUGGCAUGCCACCGAUGUCUAGUGUACCUGGGGGAUUUGUCGCGCUAUCAGAAUGAAUUAGCUGGUGUAGACACUGAGCUCCUAGCUGAAAGAUUUUACUAUCAAGCCCUGUCAGUAGCUCCCCAGAUUGGAAUGCCCUUCAAUCAGUUGGGCACCCUUGCAGGCAGCAAGUACUAUAAUGUGGAGGCCAUGUAUUGCUACCUGCGCUGCAUCCAGUCAGAAGUGUCCUUCGAAGGGGCUUAUGGGAACCUCAAGCGGCUGUAUGACAAGGCAGCCAAAAUGUACCACCAGCUGAAGAAGUGUGAGUCUCGGAAACUCUCUCCUAGCAAGAAACGGUGCAAAGACAUUAAAAGGUUGCUGGUGAACUUUAUGUAUCUGCAAAGCCUCCUGCAGCCUAAAAGCAGUUCCGUGGACUCAGAGCUGACGUCACUUUGCCAGUCAGUCCUGGAGGAUUUCAACCUCUGUCUUUUCUACCUGCCUUCCUCACCCAACCUCAGCCUGGCCAGUGAGGAUGAAGAGGAGUAUGAGAGUGGAUAUGCUUUUCUCCCAGACCUUCUCAUCUUUCAAAUGAUCAUCAUCUGCCUUAUGGGUGUGCAUAGUUUGAAAAGAGCAGGCUCCAAGCAGUACAGUGCAGCCAUUGCCUUCACCCUGGCCCUCUUCUCCCAUCUUGUCAACCAUGUCAACAUACGGCUGCAGUCUGAGCUAGAAGAGGGUGAGAACCCUGUCCCGGCGUUUCAGAGCGAUGGCACAGAUGAACCAGAGUCCAAGGAACCCUUAGAGAAGGAGGAGCCUGGUCCUGAGCCUCCUCCCACAGUCCCUCAAACAGGUGAGGUCAGAAAGAGCCGGAAGUUCUCCCGCCUCUCUCAUCUCCGCCGCCGCCGCCACCCACCCAAAGCUGGUGAUGACAGUGACCUGAGUGAAGGCUUCGAAUCAGACUCGAGCCAUGACUCGGCACGGGCCAGCGAGGGCUCGGACAGUGCCUCUGACAAGAGUCUUGAAGGUGGGGGGACGGCCUUUGAUGCCGAGACAGACUCGGAAAUGAACAGCCAAGAGUCCCGUUCUGACCUAGAAGAUAUGGAGGAUGAAGCGGGGACACGGUCCCCAGCCCUGGAACCCUCUAAGGUCAAGUCAGAGGCUCCUGAGUCCCUCAAUGGCCCCGUGGGCCCAAGUGAGGCUAGCCUUGCCAGCAAUCUACAAGCCAUGUCCACCCAGAUGUUUCAAACCAAACGCUGUUUUCGACUGGCCCCAACCUUCAGCAACUUGCUUCUCCAGCCCAGCACUGAGCCACACACCUUGGACGGCCAGAGGCCCUGUGUCAAUGGGGAUGUGGACAAACCCUCAGAGCCAGCUUCUGAGGAAGGCUCAGAGUCAGAAGGGAGCGAGUCCAGUGGGCGUUCUUGCCGGAAUGAGCGCAGCGUUCAGGAGAAGCUGCAAGUCCUGGUGGCUGAAGGUCUGCUUCCCGCAGUGAAGGUUUUCCUAGACUGGCUGCGGACCAACCCUGAUCUCAUCAUCGUGUGUGCGCAGAGCUCUCAAAGUCUAUGGAACCGCCUGUCUGUGUUGCUGAAUCUUUUGCCAGCAGCUGGUGAACUCCAAGAGUCUGGGCUGGCCCUGUGUCCCGAGGUCCAGGAUCUUCUGGAAGGUUGUGAACUGCCUGACCUGCCCUCUGGUUUGCUGCUCCCAGAGGACAUGGCACUUCGUAACCUGCCGCCCCUCCGGGCUGCCCACAGGCGCCUUAACUUUGAUACAGAUCGGCCCCUGCUCAGCGCCUUAGAGGAGUCGGUCGUACGCAUCUGCUGCAUUCGCAGCUUUGGCCACUUCGUUGCCCGCCUGCAAGGCAGCAUCCUGCAGUUCAACCCUGAAGUCGGCAUCUUCGUCAGCAUUGCUCAGUCUGAGCAGGAGAGCCUGCUGCAGCAGGCCCAGGCUCAGUUCCGCAUGGCCCAGGAAGAAGCUCGGCGGAAUAGGCUAAUGAGAGACAUGGCCCAGCUACGGCUUCAGCUCGAGGUCUCCCAGCUGGAGGGGAGCCUGCAGCAGCCCAAAGCCCAGUCAGCAAUGUCUCCAUACCUCGUCCCCGACACCCAGGCCCUCUGCCUCCACCUCCCUGUCAUCCGCCAGCUCGCUACCAGUGGCCGCUUCAUCGUCGUCAUCCCGAGGACAGUGAUUGAUGGCCUGGAUUUGCUGAAGAAGGAACACCCAGGUGCCCGGGAUGGGAUCCGAUACCUGGAGGCAGAGUUUAAGAAAGGAAACAGGUACAUUCGCUGCCAGAAAGAGGUGGGAAAGAGCUUUGAGCGCCAUAAGCUGAAGAGGCAGGAUGCAAAUGCCUGGACUCUCUAUAAGAUUCUGGACAGCUGCAAACAGCUGACUCUGGCCCAGGGGACAGGUGAGGAGGACCCGAGUGGCAUGGUGACCAUCAUCACAGGUCUCCCACUGGACAACCCCAGCGCACUGUCAGGCCCUAUGCAGGCAGCCUUGCAAGCCGCUGCACAUGCCAGUGUGGACAUCAAGAAUGUUCUGGACUUCUACAAGCAGUGGAAGGAGAUUGGUUGAGACUGACCCCUAGGCCCUGCAGUGGGGCUGACUCCAGAUCUCUCCUGCCCUCCCUGGCAGCCAGGACCACCACCUGUAGUCACCCCACCA